AUGGAUUCCCUGGGAGAUGGGAACCACACGACAGUGACAGGCUUCAUUUUAUUGGGCUUAACUGAUGACCCAAUCCUUCGAGUCAUCCUCUUCAUGAUAAUCCUGUGUAUCUACUUGGUGACCGUAUCUGGAAACCUCAGCACAAUCAUUCUUAUCAGAAUCUCUUCUCAGCUCCAUCAUCCUAUGUAUUUUUUUCUCAGUCACUUGGCUUUUGCUGACAUAUGUCUUUCAACUUCCGUCACACCCAAUAUGCUUGUAAACUUCCUGGUGGAGAGAAAUCCAAUCUCCUAUCAUGGAUGUGCCACCCAGCUUGGUUCAACCGCUGUCUUUGGGGCAGUCGAGUGCGUGCUUCUGGCCAUCAUGGCAUAUGAUCGCUUUGUGGCAAUCCACAAACCACUGUUUUAUUCAACCAAAAUGUCCACACAUGUUUGCAUUCAGUUCCUCAUAGUGGCUUAUGUAGGUAGUUUUCUCAAUGCUUGCGCCUUUACUAUUUGCUACUAUUUUUUACUCUUCUGUGGAUCAAAUCGAGUCAAUCACUUUUUCUGUGAUUUUGCCCCGCUAGUUGAGCUCUCCUGCUCUGAGAGCAGUAUUCCCGCAGCUGUUCCCUCCUUCACAGCUGGCUCCAUCAUUGUGUGCACGGUGUUUGUCAUAGUUGUCUCCUAUAUCUGCAUCCUCGCCACUGUCCUGAACAUCCGCUCCGAGGGGCGCCACAAGGCCUUCUCCACCUGUGCGGCCCACCUCACGGCAGUAAGUCUGUACUUUGGGACCACCAUGUUCAUAUAUGUGAUGCCCAAGUCCAGCUAUACAACUGAUCAGAACAAGGUGGUGUCCGUGUUCUAUAUGGUGGUGAUCCCCAUGCUGAACCCCAUCAUCUACAGCCUCAGGAACAAGGAGAUUAAGGGGGCUCUGAAGAGAGUGCUUGACAGAAAAUUAUUUUCUUGCUGA